AUGUCCAAUUCAACUGCCCAAGUGUUGAUGAAAAAGGGUAAAAGAGGUGCAGCUGCAUAUAUCCAUGCGGACUGCGCGAGCGGCUCACCACAGCACCUCGGUCCACUUCUUGACGUCUUGCUGAACCCUAGCAAGGCUAUUGAUGAGUGGGAGACAAUAGACUGGUGUCGUUGGCUCCUAGCGGGUGGAAGAACACCUGACGAAUUCGCCGCAGUUGUGCGCAGUUACGACAAACACGACAAAUGCGGCCUGGUCUGGAUACCACGGGUCGUUGCAUACAGAUGUCGAACCUGCGGCAUAUCGCCGUGCAUGUCCAUCUGCCGCGAGUGCUUCCACCGCGGCGACCACUCCACACACGACUUCAACAUGUUCCUAUCACAAGCCGGCGGUGCCUGCGACUGUGGCGAUAACUCCGUUAUGAAGGAGGACGGUUUCUGCAGUAAUCACGGCAACAAAUGUCCGCGGCCGGGCACGGCGCCUGCGGAGCUCAUGUGCGUCGCGGAGGCGAUGAUGCCGCGUCUCAUACUAAGGCUAUUGCAACAUUUUAGAGAAAAUAGCACGGCAGCAAGUUCAGACAACUACCGCGUGGCGGUGCAGGAGUGCGAGGGCUACGUGCAGAUGUUGAUGGAGUUCAACAACAUGGGCGACCUCAUGCGGUCUGCGAUGACCAAAGCGCUUAUAAAUCCACAGAUGUACCGCAACCUGGUGUCGCCGCCGCAUCCCGACACGGAGUACGGCAUCUACAUGGCGGAGUCCAACAACAUGUACGAGCGCGCCAUCGACUCCUUCCCCGCGCCCGACCCGCCCGACGAAUAUCGCCAUUUACCAGCACUAGCCCCACGACUCCAACACAACACAUUAUUAGAUGAAUUCAUCUUCUGGACAUUCAAAUAUGAGUUUCCACAGAAUGUGGUUUGCUUCUUACUCAACAUGUUGCCAGAUCAGGAUUAUAAAGAGCACCUGACGCGCACGUUCGUGAUGCACUACGCGCGCAUCCCGCUGGUGCUGGAGAACUCGGCCGACCCCGACACGCUGUCCAACCGCGUGGUGCACAUGUCCGUGCAGCUGUUCUCCAACGAGGCGCUGGCGCUGCGCUGCGUGCAGCAGCUGCACCUGCUGCACGUCAUGGUGCUCUCGCUGCGCCUCAUGAUGGGCAAGAUCCUCGUGCAGAACACGCUGCACGACCCCGACACCAACUUCCACUACGUCAUCGACUGCACCAAGAGGGUCAUGAAGGAGCACUGCUACUGGCCGCUAGUCUCGGAUUUCAACAAUGUGCUCUCACAUAAAAGUGUGGCGCUUUUGUUUUUGCAAGAUGACGCGUUGGUGGAUAUGUGGUUUCAGUUUCUCUCGAUGUUGCAAGGCAUGAACGUGAACGUGCGCGAGACGGGCGGGCACAUCGAGUUCGAGCCGUCGUCGUACUACGCGGCGUUCUCGUGCGAGCUGGAGGCGGCGGCGUACCCCAUGUGGAGCGUGCUGGCGCACCUCACGGAGCCGGCGCACGCCGCGCCCGCGCGCCGCAUGGUGGCCGCCGCGCUGUCCUACCUGCAGGACUGGCUGCACGCCGUGGGCUGCGCGCGCCCCGCCGGCAGCGCGGCGGGCGCGGUGGCGGGGCGGCAGGCGCACGCGUCCUUCCACUUCCCGCUGCACCGCUACCUGGCCGCCUUCCUGUGCUGCGGCGUGCGCGCGCUGCGCCUGCGCGCCGCCGACGUGCUGCCGCCGCCGCCGCUGCUGGCGCUGCUGGCGGCGCACCCGCUGCGCGUGCAGGUU